CCGCAGUAUACAGUACUUUUAUCUAGUGCCAUCAGCUCUUAACGUGGGUACGCACAGGUGAGUGCGUACAUUCGGUGCAGGUUGUCAAAUUACGUCUCAAUAGUUAUCCAACGAUAACAUUCGUAAGAUCAACAUUAUCUUCCCAACAUACACGUAACAAAAAGGGAAGAAAAUGUGGAAAUUCGUAACUCGUGGCAUCCGAGAGACGUUCGAGCGACGUGCCUGUCGCACAAACGUUUACUCGCAACCGUCGCAAGACAAUACAAAGAAUGAAGUCAAAACAAAUUUGACAUGCCAACAAAAAUUCCUCGUGCCAAUUUACCUCAAUUGGAAUAAAAGUUUUUGCGGAUCCGCUAAGAGCGCCGGUACUGGAGACCAAGAGCGUGAUCACAAAUGGAAUACCAAACACACUUGGCCAGAAGCUAUCGGCUGGUCCAGUGUAUUGGCAGCUGGAUGGAUAUACCAGUCACUUUGCCUUCAGAAAGGAAUCCUUGAUCAAAAUGAAAGGAAGAAAAAAUUACUUCAUUAUACCGGAGUAAACCAGAUACUCACUCAAAUAAAAAAUUGGCAACUAAAGUUAAAAGCUGCAAAUGUCCUACCAGUCAUCAACUGUAUAGGUAGUAGUAAUAAUAAUAAUCUACAAGAUUCAGACUCACAAUGGCAUGCAGGAAAACUAUUUGGUCCUGUUACCAUGGAAGAGGCAAAGUUCAAAGAGGCAGCUGAUGAAUUUAAAAAUACCCAUAAACUAGUCGUAGGAGAUUUUGAACUUCGUUAUGGUCUAAAAGCUUUGGAAGAGAAGCGUUAUAAAGACGCUUGGACGCAUUUUUCACAAGGCGCCAAACUAUCAUCUCCCAGCAGUAUGUUCAAUUUAGCUCUGUGUUACGAAUUAGGCAUUGGAACAUUAGCAGAUCCAACGAAGGCUGCAAAAUAUUACAAAGAUGCCGCGGCUUACGAUCAUGCCGACGCAUUGUAUAAUUUGGGAAUUUACCACGCUCAAGGAAAGGGCGGUUUACCGAUUGAUAUCAAUACCGCGCGUACCUGUUUCAUCAAGGCAGCAAAAUUGGGUCAAGUACAAGCGCAACAUGCACUGGACCUAGAAAAGGCUAGUGUUCAAUCGAAGGAAAAUAAUAGCACCUCCGCUAUAUCGAAAACUUGCCUGAAAAGUACUAAUUUAGAGACGAAUAAGACGAGCGGUACGCACGAAAAAUUAAUCGAUACAAUAACGAAUUUUAUUUUGAAAUCCUCGCGCGACGCGUCGGGAUAUAACGAAGAGAUGGUCCGUGACUCCACUCAUGUACUUGUAGAUCUCCUCAGUUUAAAAGAAAGUCGGCCCAGUCGGCCAGACAUUAUGACAGCUACUGACAAUUGUGUGCCGUGUUAAGUGUAUCAACCUUUUUUCCCUUUAUUGUUAAAGAUACAUUUAUUUUAAGUAACAAUAUAUAAUUACACACACACACACACACACAUAUAUACAUAUACAUGUAUAAUUUUUGCGAUACAAAGUCGUAUCGCGUGGCCAUGUAGAGACCCAGACAGCACAAUGUCCAAAACUGGGACAUAAGACGUCUUUAAGACGUCUUUAAGACGACUUAAAGAUAUCUUAUUUUCAGGCAUCUCAAAGACGACUUAAAGAUGUCUUAAAGACGUCUUAUGUCCCAGUUUUGGACAUAUGUGCUGUCUGGGGAGUGUGUCUAAUUUUUAUGUAAUAUUCUUUUGCAUAGUUACCAUGAAAAUGUAUCACACUGUGUGUGUGUGUGUGCAAAAGUAUAAGAUUUCAUAAGAAUUUUUAUGCGAUGUGUUUGCUAACGAUAUCGAAGCAAAUAAAUUUGCUCAAUUUACGA